AUGAUGCCAGCGGCGCACGUCUACGGACACCACCAAUUCAACCCUCAGGGAGGAGACUCGGCAUGGAUGCACCAGCAGCCUGGCGCGCAUCACGCCCAUACCCAGCAGCAACAACAACAGGUGGCCGCUGCAGCCGCCGCCGCCGUUCAGCAGCAGCAGCAGCAGCAGCAGCAGCACUUCAACCGUCUUGCUGGCGCGGGUCAACUCCCCGGCCACGGUCAGGAUGCCGAUCACAGCAAUGUCUCGGAGGACAACCGGCGUACCAUGGCCUUCAUCGCCGAUCUUCUCAACGAGAACACUCGGGAGGCUGCUUUGUUGGAACUUAGUAAGAAGCGCGAACAGGUCCCUGAGUUGGCCCUCAUAUUGUGGCAUUCAUUCGGUGUCAUGACCUCCCUCCUCCAAGAGAUCAUUUCAGUCUAUACUCUUCUUAACCCAUCUCAGCUUACUGCAGCUGCCUCGAACAGAGUGUGCAAUGCUCUUGCCCUCCUCCAAUGCGUAGCUUCUCACAAUGAUACAAGGACCCUGUUCCUCAAUGGUGCGUAUAUCGUGGCUCAAAUUCAGGUGUCACAUGGCUCACAAUCUAUAGCACACAUUCCUCUGUUCCUCUACCCCUUUCUUAACACCACUUCCAAAUCUCGGCCUUUCGAGUACCUCCGGCUUACGAGCCUGGGUGUUAUCGGUGCGCUCGUCAAGAAUGACUCGUCCGAAGUCAUCAACUUCCUCUUGACCACGGAGAUUAUUCCUCUCUGCUUGCGCAUCAUGGAGACAGGUUCGGAACUUAGCAAGACCGUAGCCAUCUUCAUCGUUCAGAAGAUCCUUUUGGACGACAACGGCCUGAACUACAUCUGUGCCACAUACGAGCGUUUCUAUGCUGUUGGUACGGUCCUCAGCAACAUGGUUGCUCAACUUGUCGAGUCACAGACCGCUCGUCUCCUUAAGCACGUUGUCAGGUGCUUCCUUCGCUUGAGUGACAACGCUCGCGCUCGUGAGGCUCUGCGACAGUGCCUUCCUGAGCCACUCCGUGAUGCCACUUUCUCGUCCGUUCUCCGUGAUGACGCAGCGACUAAGCGAUGCCUUGCCCAGCUGCUUAUCAACCUAUCGGACAACGUCGCGGAUCCUAACUCUGGUGGUGUGUCCAGCAUGUAA